GUCAAAAAUUUAGUUCAAAAUGUAUUCAGAAGUCACUCUCAAUACCAUUAAUGAAAGCGGCCCUUUCCUUACUACUCUACUUCUUAGUGUACAAGAUCGUGUAGGUGUUUUGGAUGAAUGCUUACGUUCUAUCAAGAAUUUAAACAUUUCUUUAACCAGAAUCGAAAGUCGUCCAAGUAGGACUCCUGGUUGGGACUAUGACUUUUUUGUUGACUUUAGUGCUGAAAAUACGGAACAAAUUGUUCGCGUUUCUGAGACUUUAAAAGGGAUUACGAACCAAGUCAAAGUUGUAAGUGCGAGUCCAACCAGUGCAACAGUAGGACAGGUUCCGUGGUUCCCACGUAAAAAAUCUGAUCUUGAUACCUAUGCAAAUAAAGUUUUGGAGAUGGGUGAAGAACUUGACUCUGAUCAUCCUGGUGCAAAUGACCCUGUUUAUCGCGCACGUCGUUCUGAAAUUACGCGUAUUGCCAAAACUUACCGUCACGGACAACCUAUCCCAGAUAUUCAAUAUAAACCCGAAGAGAUCGCCACGUGGGGAGCUGUUUUUCGCAAUUUGACAGCUUUAUAUCCUACUCAUGCUUGUAGAGAACAUCAAUAUGUUUUUCCUUUGUUAAUUCAAAAUUGUGGUUAUAAUGAAAAUAAUAUUCCGCAAUUAGAGAUUGUAUCAAAAUUCUUGAAAGAAUGUACUGGUUUUACUCUACGACCUGUAAUGGGCUUACUUACAUCACGUGAUUUCUUGAAUGGUCUCGCGUUUCGAGUUUUUCAUUCCACUCAAUAUAUUCGUCAUCAUUCAAGACCAUUAUACACGCCAGAACCCGAUGUGUGCCACGAGCUACUUGGUCACGCUCCAUUAUUUUGCGAUCCGGAUUUUGCCGAUUUUUCUCAGGAAAUUGGUUUGGCUUCAUUAGGUGCUAGUGACGGAGAUAUUGAAAAGUUAUCUACGAUCUACUGGUUUACAGUAGAAUUCGGUCUUUGUCGUCAAGGAAGUGAUAUUCGUGCAUUUGGUGCUGGUCUAUUAUCUUCCUUCGGUGAAUUGGAAUAUGCUUUAUCUGAUAAACCUGAGAAACGACCAUUUGAUCCUUCCAAGACUGCUUUACAAAAAUAUAUUGUAACAGAAUAUCAACCGAUUUACUUUGUCGCAGAUUCCUUUAAAGAUGCUCAGCAAAAAGUUCGUGAAUUUGCAAAAACAUUGAACAGACCAUUUUCUGUAAGAUAUAAUCCAUACACUGAAAGUGUUGAAGUUUUGGAUAACAAGGAGAAAAUUAUAAGAUACACGCAAAAUAUAAAAAAUGACAUGACCAUUUUAAUCGAUGCACUAGAAAGAAUAAACUAAAAUAUGUCGUAUUAAUAUAGUAAAAUAACUUAUUUAACAAGUGAUUAUUGAUAAUAAUAAUAAUAAUAAAGUUUCCAGAAAAAAAAAAUUGGUAUUUUUUUUUAAAAAAAAAUAAAUAAAUAAAUGUUCAAGUUUUAAUUCUAUUGU